CCUCUAACACCUCUGUUUCCCAAAUUGGGGUCUGAACUUAUAUUAUCCUCCAGUGGACACUGUUGUAGUAUCGACGUAAACCCGUCGUAAGUUGGAUUGCUCGAAUUUCAUAACGUCGUUUCACGAGUACUCUCGAUGUUUCUGUUGAGACUUGGAUAGAAGAAAGAUGGCAGUUGGAACUGAGUCUACAAUUCCUUACUCCAGAGAGCAAUCACUACUUCUUGUUGGUGAAGGAGACUUCUCCUUCUCAUCCGCAUUAGCAACUGUAUUGGGCCGGCCGUUUGAGCUGAUUUCAACUUCACUCGAUUCUGAAGGGCUUGUUCGUGCGAAGUAUGCACAGUCUAUCAAAGCCGUAUCCAACUUAAAGAACUGCGGAGCUAAGAUUUAUUAUGACUUUGACGCAACGAGGAACAUUUUCAGCAACACGCAGCGUUUCGACCGUGUCAUUUUCAACUUCCCUCACGCAGGAUACUUCAAAAAACCCGAAUGGGUUAAGAGCGUCAUAUUCAGGCAUCAGGAUCUGAUUCUCCGUUUCCUGCGGAAUGCAUCGACGAUGAUUCGAAGUGAUGGCGAGAUUCACGUAACAAUUCAGAAUUACGAUCCAUACAACAGGUGGAACAUUGCGGAGUUAGCACGAAAGUGUGGCCUCAGAGUCAAGGGAUUACCCUUGUUUGAUUUCUCUUCCUACCCUGGCUACUGCAACCGACGGGGAAGCGGGAGGCGCCCUGGUCGAACUUUCCCUGUUAGGAUCGGAGGGCAGGGCAGGGCAGUAAGUGAAUGCUUAUCGGAGAGUUUCGCUGGUCUCUAAAGGCAUCACGCCCGCCAUCGACAGAUUGCUAUCAUCAGCGGACAACCAUAUCAUCCUCAAGGUAUCCUCGAGAAACGAGCAUGUUAAGAAAGUCGGAACCCUCGAGUCUACAAGUCACGGACUGCUCUGCUUCAUAUGAAGUCGAGGAUCGACUCUGCCACAAGAUCUGAUCGGUCCAGAGCAUAUCAGACGCUGGAGUCGAUGCAACCUUGACCGCAUAGUUUGCAGAGUUCACUACCUCGCUACAAGGUUUGAGUAUCGAUUGAACCAGGUUCUUCCAUACUCCCUUCCAAACAUCUUUGUCGUAAACAGAUAAUUUCAGUCUCGUCAGGACUGAAGUUUCUCCCGUUUUUCCAUUCAUCGACGGGAUACAUUCCGAUCUAUGAUCCUUAAAGGGAGCAAUGUACUGAUCGAUAUACUGAAAGAUUCUAGAGAUUUAAUUUCCCCGCGCAGUACCCUACAUAACCGGGAUAACCAUUAAUCUUGGUCACUCGAAAGUGUGAGAGUACAAACUCCUCUGUGGGGUCCUUGACAUCGGAGCUAGCAGCACAUGCAAGAGCUUCUAUUGACUCCCAUUUAUCUCUAACAUCUCCUUCAUCACCAAACUCAACUCUAAUGCUUGUUG